CUCUUCGGCUGGGAUCUCCUGUCUGUGUUGCUAACUACACACCAGAAACGGUGCCAAGCUUUCCUUUCGGCAGGUAAACGUGAUGAAGCCCUCGAAGCACACAAAUACAUGAUGGAUACUAUCGACGAAACUACGAAGGCCAGCUGCCUUGAUUGGUCCAAUGAGUUCAAGGAGCAAUGUAGUAUACUCGCUGAGCAAGAUGACCGUAUUAUUGGUGCCGAAAUCCCCGGGCAAGAGCAAGAUGGCUACGAUGCAGAACCCAAUUUCUUCCGGGGAAUGCAUGAAUAUUCUCAAAUUUCCCGACCAAGACCUCAACAGCGCCCUGGGCGCCUCAAAAGAGUCAGGCUCGCUAUGACGGGAACCCCUCGUUCAGCUCCUCCACCUGCCCCACCCACCACCUCACCACUAGUCGCCGCUGCCACCACCUUCAAAACUCACCUACGACACCUAUUCACUUGGCCACCCCACCAUGCAACGCCGUACAUUGCCGAUGUUCCGUUCGCAAAGGCUAAAGAGCGUAAUGCUGCUGCAGGUGCUCCUGGUACUGACCCGGACAUCGUACCUGAUGAAUAUCUCGAUACUACUCAACCGGACCCCGAUACAAAACAAAAACUGCAACCAGUGGCAGCCCAGGUAGACGCUGGGGAACAUGGAGGCGGUCAGUCGUGUUGCUGCUGUUAGAGAAGUUGGUGCAUGUCCCUGGCUUGACUUGCGCAUAGGUUACUGACACAGCACCCCAGAUCUUUAUGUAUCAGCACUGCCAUCCUCGCCUACCAACUCUGCAUGAUCUAGAACAGUUUCUGAACGGUUUCUGAAUACUUCUCGUGUGGCAUCUGGACGUGAUAUGAACUGGCCGCCAGCUGCUCAAACCGUGCUCUCAUGAGGCACGCUGAUUUAGUGAACUCAGUUUUGUUCUCGUCAGAU